AUGCCUCCAGGCAGGUGGUAUGCCUCCCAUUCAGGGCCCCGGACCCAGGCUUCAAGGGAGCAAGGACGUCUUAAGAUGGUGAAGAAGGAAAAAGAGGAUGAAGGCUGCAAUUCAGUGCAGGCAGCCAGGCCACAGACUCUCAACCGUCCGGGCCAGGAGCUCUUCCGCCAGCUUUUCAGGCAGCUUCGCUACCAUGAGUCUUCUGGUCCUCUAGAAACUCUGAGCCGACUCCAGGAGCUCUGCCGCUGGUGGCUGAGGCCUGAUGUCCUCUCCAAGGCCCAGAUCCUAGAGCUGCUAGUGCUGGAGCAGUUUCUGAGCAUCCUGCCCGGAGAGCUCCGGACCUGGGUUCAGCUGCAUCGUCCCAGGAGUGGGGAGGAGCUGUGGCCCUAUUGGAGGAGCUGCAGAGAGACCUCGAUGGAACGUCACAGAGGGUUUGGGGAGGAACAGGAGAUGCCUUACUGUGGUCAGUUCAUCGUCUUUAACCUAGAGCUCUGCAUCAGCUGUUGGUGUCCUCAGGCUAAGAGUCAUUCAUCUGAGUGUAGAGCCCGACCUAGCCCCUGCUCAGAGCCCAGAUGUGCACUGGAUGGGUACAGGAGCCUGCGAGCUGCACAGAUCUGGCCCCCUGCUUCACCUAUCAGGAGUGACUCUGCCUUGGGAGACCGCCUGGAACCCCCCUAUGAAAUAGGAGUGCGUGACAACCUGGCUGGGCAAUCCGAUCCCCCUGCGCAGGUACCUACCCUUCCCCAGAGAGAAGGGUCCCCAGGAGAUGGAGUGACAGCAGCCACACCCCUGACAGACCAGCCUCAGGAAGCUGUGACUUUCAAGGACGUGGAGGUGCUCUUCUUCCAGGAUGAGUGGGGAUGGCUAGACCCUGCCAAGAGGAACCUGUAUAGGGAUGUGAUGCUGGAGAAUUAUGGAAACGUGGUUUCUCUGGUGGGGACUUUCCCCAAACCUGCUCUAAUCUCCUGGCUAGAGGGAAGGGAGCCGUGGGGCCUCAAUGUCCAAGGAACUCAGCAAAGAGAGAGUCCAAGUGCUGCCCCUGCAGGAGGCGAGCUCCAGAUUAAAACAAACAAGUUCAAGUUAAAACGUGAACCUUUGGAAGAAGGAGAAACCUUAACUCUGCAAUCAGGAUGCUCCACAAUGAAUGUUUCUGAAGGAACAGGCCUUAGAGAAUCUUUUGAACAGAAGAGUGGGUUAGAGGAGCAAUGGGGAUGCCCCAUGCUAAUGAGAAUUAAGAAAGAAGAGACCGAUUUUAGUCACAGGACAGAAAAAGAAUCUGAGGAAUCAACAGGAAGUAAUAGUCUUGACCUAAAACAUUUAACACAUUUGAGAGUUCCAGGAAGAAAGCGAUCCCUUAAACAUGGCUGUGGCAGACGCUAUAGACCGAGUUUACACCAUUGUGACUACAAGGAAUAUGAGAAAGGGCUCAGACACAUGAUCGGAGGGUUUAGCCUACAACAGAGAAUUCAUGCAGUACUGAAAGGGAAUGAAGAAGAUGCAUGUGGGAAAGACUACAGCCUUAGCUCUUAUCAUCAACACGGACAGAGUCUUCCCAUGGUAGCAACCCCAUAUAAGUGCAGUGACUGUGGGAGGACCUUCAGUCAUAGGUCCCAUCUUGAAUGUCAUCAGAGACUUCAUGCUCAAGAGAAACCAUUUAAAUGCAGGGUGUGUGGGAAAGCCUUUAGGUGGAGCUCAAACUGUGUGCGACAUGAAAAGAUUCACACUGGACUGAAACCUUACAAAUGCAGUUUUUGUGAGAAAGCUUUCCGACGCAGGUCAGCCUUUCGUCUGCACCAGGAAACCCAUGCUAAGCAGGAAUUUCUUGAACCUAAUCAGAAUGGAGAAGCUUUCACCUAUGGCUCAGAGUUUGAACAUCAUUUUAGAGACCACAGUGGGAAGAAACCCUUUGACUGCAGCCAGUGUCGGAAAUCUUUCCACUGUAAAUCGUACGUUCUUGAACAUCAACGGAUUCACACCCAGGAGAAACCCUAUGUAUGUACCAAAUGUAGGAAAACUUUUAGGUGGAGGUCAAACUUUACUCGUCAUAUGAGAAUGCACAAGGAGAAAAAGCUAUACGAACAAGAGAAAUGUAGGGAAGACUUUAGGCAGACCUCCAGCGACAGCCCACAGAAGGCCCUCACUGAAGAGAAAACUUUUUUAUGUCAGCAGUGUGGGAAAACCUUUACUCGAAAGAAAUCCCUCAUUGAUCAUCAGAGAAUUCACACAGGUGAAAAACCAUACCAAUGUAAUGAAUGUGGGAAAGCAUUUACCCAUAGGUCAGCCUUUGUUGUUCAUAAGAAGCGGCAUACCAUAAAAAGAAAACCUGAGGGGGAGCCACUGUUCAAUCAGGACCAAGUGUUCCAAGCGUCUCAGAGUAGUUCUCCCACGGAGAAACCCUACAAAUGCAGCCAGUGUGGCAAAGCCUUCCCUAAUCUCUCAUUCCUCCUCAUCCAUCAGAGAAUCCAUACCAGAGAGAAGCCUUACCAGUGCAGGGAAUGUGGGAAAGCCUUCAGAUGGAGUUCCAACCUCUCCCGACAUCAUAGGAGUCACUCUUUUGAAAAACGUUAUGAAUACCUUGAAUGUGAAAAAACUCCAAAUCUGCAGCCAAAAAUCCUCACCAGUGAAAAACCUUUUUGGUGUCAAGAAUGUGGGAAAACCUUUACUCGUAAAAGAACACUUUUAGAUCAUAAGGGGAUACACAGUGGAGAGAAGCGCUAUAAAUGUAACCUGUGUGGGAAAUCUUAUGAUAGAAAUUACCGCCUUGUUAAUCAUCAGAGAAUUCACAGUAAAGAGAAACCUUUUAAAUGUCAGUGGUGUGGGAAAGAUUUCAUUGGAAGACAUACCCUCUAUGUUCAUGAGAGAAAACACAGCAGAGUGACACAGUCUGAACAUAGCCCAUCUGGCUUGUCUUCCCACCAGGACACAGGGUUGAAUUUACAGGAAUUCAGACCCAGUGAAGAGAAACCUCUUGAAGAUUGUGAGGAAGCUUGUGACCAGAGCUCCAGGCCCACUGGGCUCCAGAACAUACCCAUUGGGAAAAAGUGCCACAAAUGUAACAUGUGUGGCAAAUCUUUUAAGAAGGGUUCACAACUCCUUAGCCACAAGAGAUUUCAUACUCGAGAGAGACCCUUCAAAUGCAGAGAGUGUGGGAAGACCUUCAGGUGGUCUUCAAAUUUGGCUCGGCAUAUGAAAAACCAUACUAGAGACUAG